CGCAGAGCUAAUUAGGACGACUGGCAGGGGAUUUCCCCUUACUGUGUUCUGGCUGUCCUCCCUUUAUCUCUCUUUCGUUCCUCUUCCCCACUGAAUCUGAGUCAUUAUGAACUUAGAAACGUCGUUGGUGGCUGCCGAAAGAGGGUCCACUAAAGUCUACAACUGGGACUUUGCCGGGGGCAAGUGGGUCAACUUCUCGCCCACGCACAAGUACAGCUUCAUCAAGAUCGUCCAGAAGAAAACACUGUCUGGCAACGAGUUUUUUGUGGUGAUAGAACCAGAUGAAACCGAUAAUACACUAAGGUUCCAUCUGCCCACUGAUGUACAAGUCACAAAAACUGGUGACAUGAUUCAGUUUGCAGUACCUGAUCCACAAGAUCCUACCGGUGGAAAACUCAUUGCCAUCAAAUUUGAAAACAAAGAUUUAGAGAAACAAUUUACAAUGACGGCCAGUCGAAGAAUAAACGGCUUUAUGGCUAUCAAACCAGCUCAAGCUCCUGGUGAAGGAUCUAGCAGUGGUCAAAGAUCAAAUGAUUUGAAUAAACCUCUAGAGGUUAAGAAGCAGAGACCUGUUUAUGAAAAUACCUUUAGCACUGAUAGAUAUGACGGCUCAAGCUAUCAGUCUCCUACUCUUCCUUCAACUGGGACUGGAGGAGCUGGAAGGACUCAACCACAUCAUCGUCCAUCCACUGCAGCUGUUCCUGCUAAACCAGCUGUUGAAACAAAGAGUAAUAGAUCAGGAGAAAUUGGACAAUACCACCAACAACCA